AUGUGCUAUUGGCCUGUUCAGUUUGAUGACGUGACGCGUUGUGCAGGGCAGCUGUUGCUGGACAGAUGGCGCCGGGCGCUGCGUGAGGCUUACGGAUACAAGCCUUCUGACCCUCAGCGAGGUGGAGAGGAGAGCGUUGCAGCAGGCUGCGCUGGCGAGGCUUCAGCAACUGAAUAUUGGCACACCUAUCAAGAUACCUGA